UUUUGCAUAGGAACCAUUCAUCGGGUAUUGGUUUCUAACCGGACUGUGCCUUGUGACAGUCUGCGAAGGCCAGGGCAGUCACGUGGGAAGGGAAGUUAAAGAUGCGGUUGCAGCAGACGCUCUUGAAUGCGUUGAAGUUCAGGACGGUGUUUGAUUUUGGUGGUCGAGAUGUCGCCCACUGGUUUCCUGGCCAUAUGGCCAAGGGGCUUAAACAGAUGAAAGCCAGUCUGAAAAAAGUGGAUUGCAUUAUAGAAAUCCACGACGCCAGAAUACCGUUUUCUGGGAGAAACCCACUCUUCCAGGAAAGUCUACACAUCCGUCCACAUCUGCUCGUCCUAAAUAAAACAGACCUUGCGGAUCCCUUGAGUAAGCAGAGAACCUUAACAGGACUUGAGAAAGAGGGUGUGAAGAACGUCUUGUUCACGAACUGCCUGCGUCAGAACGAUGAAGGUAUUAAAAGGAUAGUUCCUCUUAUGACGGAAAUGGUUGGGAAUGCUCCCCGUUUUCACAGGGAAGAGGACACUGAUUACUGCGUCAUGGUAAUCGGGGUUCCAAAUGUCGGGAAAUCAUCCCUCAUCAAUGCCCUGAGAAGAAUGUAUCUCAAAAAAGGUGGAGCUUCUAAAGUUGGAGGUGAGCCUGGUAUAACUAAGGCAGUUCUAACCAAGAUUCAGAUCUGUGAAAGACCCCGAGUGUAUUUACUGGACACACCUGGAGUCCUUCCCCCGAGAAUCGAGAACGUAGAGACUGGAAUGAAGCUGGCUCUGUGUGGGACAAUCUUGGAUCAUUUGGUUGGUGAGGACAUCAUGGCGGAUUACCUGCUAUUUUCGCUGAACAGACUGCAGCAGUUCAGCUACGUGGAGAAGUACAGCCUGGGGGAUCCGAGCGACGACAUUCAGGACGUCCUCAGGCGCAUCGCGGUGAAGCUGGGCAAGACCAAGAAGGUGAAGGCGCUGACCGGAGUAGGUGACGUGACAGUCAUGGUUCCAAACUACAGUGCUGCUGCGUACGACUUCAUCCGGGCUUUCAGGAAAGGAGAGCUUGGUCAGGUGCUGCUGGACUAAACUGGGCGGGGGGGGGGAGCAAAGGGGUCAGAGGUCAGGGGUCAGAGCCUCCUGGCCAGCAGGUGGCAUCUGUUCAAGCCUAGUUGUAUUGAACUGUAAUAUAAUAAUAAAUGAUGUAUGACUGAUUUAAUGAA